AUGGCUUCGAGUGGCGAUAAUCUCGAUGAGGCUACAUCAGCUCCAUUUCGCCCCGCGUUGAUCGUGGUGGAUAUGCAAGAGGACUUUUGUCCGCCCAAUGGCAGCCUAGCCGUCGAGGGAGCCCGCACCCUCGCCCCCGUUAUAAAUCCCCUCCUUGCCCUCCCCGGCUUUGUCGUCAAAAUCUCCACUCAGGACUUCCACCCAACAUCACACAUCUCCUUCGCUACCAAUCAGCCGGCCCCCAACAACAUCCCCUUCCAAUCUACCACUACCCUGAAAAACACCGCCGCCGGUAGGGAGGCGGAAACAAAGCCGCUACGCCUCUGGCCAGUACACUGCGUCGCUAAUACGCCAGGCGCAUGCAUCAUUCCCGAAAUCGAAGCGGACAGGAUCAGCGUGAAUAUCCGCAAGGGGAUGGAUGCGAGGAUGGAAAUGUACUCUGCGUUCACGGAUAUAUUUGGGAACAAUAACUGUGUUGAGACUGGCGGGGUGAAUGCAGAUCUCACUGCGGUGUUAAGGGAGCACCGUGUUUCGGAUAUUUUCAUCGUUGGGGUUGCGGGCGACUUUUGUGUGACGAGGACUGCUGUUGAUGCAGCGGAUAGACGGUUUCGCUGCUUCGUGGUGGAGGAGGGGACGAAAUGCAUCGACCCUCUUGGGGGGUGGGAGGUGUGCAAGAGAGAGAUGGAGGAUCAUGGAGUGAGGAUUGUGAGCAUUAAUGGGCCGGAGGUAGCAAGGGUUAAGGCAUUGUUACCAGAAAGCAAUUACUUAUGA